GGCUCUUACUUUGAAAGGGUCGCCCCGCUGCGUCACCUCCGGUCGCUGUUAGACUCUCACAACAUCAGCGAGUGGAGCUAACGCGCUAACAUCUAUUGUGAGGAGCACGGAGCAAAAACAUGUCGGACACGGAGACGAAACCAUCCAGCCAAGACGGAGGAGACAAGAAGGACGGAGAGUACAUCAAGUUAAAGGUGAUCGGACAGGACAGCAGCGAAAUCCACUUUAAGGUGAAAAUGACGACACAUCUGAAGAAGCUGAAGGAAUCUUACAGCCAGAGACAGGGCGUCCCGGCGAGCACGCUAAGGUUUCUGUUCGAGGGACAGAGAAUCGCAGACAACCAAACUCCAAAAGAGCUGGGGAUGGAGGACGAGGACGUCAUCGAGGUGUAUCAAGAACAGACCGGUGGACUUUGGAACGAUUAAACCUCCUGCAUUUCUAAAAAUUUUAUUUUUGUUUCUUCUUCUUCUUUUUUUUUUUUUUGUAUUUUAUUUUGUAUGUAUUUACGUAUUUUUUGUUCCGUUUCAAACCAUCUGGAUCAAAAAACGACUUUUAUCAGGGCUUCCAUGUGUGAGGGCGGGGAGGGUGGACGGACUGAGGUAAGGACGAAGCGGGUCUCUGAAGUUGCUCACGUCGUCGAGCAAUAGCAUUCAACGCAACCGUUGCACCCAAAUUUACACCCUCCGGAAAACUUUAGUUUGUUUAGUUUUGUCUGCAGAUGCACAUAAGGAACACUCUGCUUUGAAAAGGGACAGUUCGCCCAAGAAAAGUCCUGUUUCGUGAACACGUUUUUUAAUCUUUUAGAGCUUUUAAAGCCAGAAACGAAUGACGGAAAACGUCUGCGAACCCCUCCUGUAAUUUCGGCUUGUGUCUAGAGGACUCACACCUCAUUUUGCACAGCCGGUGUCGUCGCUGUCGCUCAUUUUCGGGCAACCAUUGUCACUUGAGAAGCUCAUUUUUUUUUGUCUGUUAAUGAGCGGCGCUGUCGACGAUAUCGGCGGUGACGGCAUGAGUCGUAAAAAGGUGCAGCAAGGCACUUCAUCUCGGUGCUUUUCUGCCAGAAAAAACACCACAGACACAAAAACAUGAAUAUUUACUGGUUUAUCUUCUAGAUUUUUUUUUAGUUGUCGCUCUGCACCCCCUGUUCUGGACGUUGCCUGACAAGAUGCGGCGUCUUCUAUGCAGCUUACAAGCAAAACUGGAGGUGCAUUUUUUGGUGAAUCAUCCUGAAAUAUUUGAUGGAGGAGGCCGUGUCGGCUGAGCAGACAGAUUUUUGGAUGCACUGUUCCUUUGUUUUUGUUUUUUAAAAUCAGUGACUGAAAACUGGCAUCUAUUUAUCGUUUUGGUUUAAAAAAAAAAAACAAAAAAAAAAGUCUGCAGAGGAGUUGGGCGCACCAAGUCAGAUGCCUAAAGACGCGGUUACGUCCACGUAAAUCUACCAUGUGUGAGACGUUCAGGGCCGGAGGGUUUGACUUGAACACAGUGUGUGCUCAUAAACGGCUGGAUCACUGCACGGUCUCUCAUUAUCUCGACGUUUUGUUUCUGUACUGCCACAAUCGGACGAAGUGCACCCUCGUGAAAAAUUGUAAAAUCGAGAUAAUUGAGCUGAUUAUGGUGAGAUUUUAAGAAAACACAUUUUAAAUAAUUGUGCUUUACUUGUAUAUGUUGUAUUCAGUAUUAGAGUGUGUUUGAAUGAUAUGCCAUGUUGUAUCUCCAGUGUCGUCUUUUAUUUAUACUUGAGGGAUUCAUUCUGUGAUGUAUCUGAAUAUAUACGCUGACAGUCGCACGGUGUUCCUAGAUCAGACAGAUGACGUGUGGCUUUGUUUAUAACGCUUCUUCUUCUUCUUGUGUUUGGAAUGCUACUUUUUAAAUCUGUAUAAAGUUCCUCGAGAAGGUUGAGAUCUUCAGCAGCCCCCCUGAUUGGAUUCGAACUCCCUGAAGGAUGAAACAACCAACAAGUGAUGUCUGUUGUUGUGAGUUUGGUUGUUUCCACCUUCGUGGAAGCUGCAGUGGACGAUGGUUGAACUGCGGCCGUCUCUACUGUUUGUCAAGGCUUUAAAGGAAGUUUUUCAAAAUAAAACAAAGCUCCCCUCAAUUGGAUUUUUCCUCAAACUGGCCGACUGUAACCGUCUUAACUUUGUGCAUCGGUGAACUCCACCCAAACCCCCCCCCUUAGACAGACAGACAGGUAGACAGACAGGUGAUAUGAGCCAUAACACUGAUCUAUCAGUGAGGUGAUGGGACUGUUCAUCAUUAGAGGAACGUUGAUACAGAUGGUUUGAAAUUCUGGAGAUGAGUUUUUUUGUU